GUACGGAUUUGAAACAAUAUCGUACUUAAACAAAGAUCCCAGCUUUUUACUUGACGUUUACGGUAAAGUGAAUCGAAAAGACGUCGUACAUAGUUGACGAUGGAGUCAUCAGCGUUGCAGGGCACAGAGAGUGUUUGCGUGAAGGCGGAGCCCUGUGAUGAUGUGUGUAUAACGGAUGAGCCCACGUUUGAGGGAGUGUCUGUUAAAGCUGAGCCGGACGAUGCUGUUUUUGUAAAUGAUGAGCCUAGGCGCGAGAGUGUGUCUAUAAAAGCCGAGCCUUUACUGGAUGCUGUUAUUGGAAAAGACGAGCUGAGGUGCGAGAGUGUGUCUAUAAAAGCCGAGCCUUUAUUGGAUCCUGUUUUUGUAAAAGACGAGCCCAGGUGCGAGAGUGUGUCUAUAGAAGCUGAGCCAUCAUGCUCAGAUGUGAGUGUAAAAGAAGAGUCGCUCGGCGUGAGCGCGACGAUGGGGCUGUAUGCCGACCACACUGUAAAAGAUGAGCUCGUGCUGGGCCCCGAGCUAGUGGAGCAGCGUGGCGUGCCCCACACACCAACAGGACAAACUCCACACAAGAGGCCGGGAAGUAGACCCGACCCUUACCAAUGUGCUCACUGUAAAUAUACAACAGCCAGUAAAACCUCUUUGACACGUCACGUAAGGACACAUUCUGAAAACAACCUUAACAAACAUGACGAGUGUAGUUAUGCUACUGCAUACAAAGAUAUUUUGCAAGUUCACAUAAGGAAACACACUGGUGAAAAGCCCUACAAAUGCGAACAUUGUAGUUGUGCUAGUGCAUACAAACAUGUUUUGCAAGUUCAUAUAAGGAAACACACUGGUGAAAAGCCCUACAAAUGCGGCCAUUGUAGUUAUGCUACUGCAUACAAAAAUGUUUUGCAAGGUCAUAUAAGGAAACACACUGGUGAAAAGCCCUACAAAUGCGGACAGUGUGGUUAUGCUAGUUCGUACAAAGGUCAUUUGCAAGUUCAUGUAAGGUCACAUACUAGUGAGAAACUUUACCAAUGUGAUCACUGUAGUUAUGCUAGCAACAGAAGAUAUCAUUUAAAAAUUCAUAAAAAGCAACACACUGGUGAACUGCCCUACAAAUGCGACCAUUGUAAUUAUGCUAGUGCAUACAAAGAUUGUUUGCAAGUUCAUAUAAGGAAACACACUGGUGAAAAGCCCUACAAAUGCGAUCAAUGUAGUUAUGCUAGUGCAUACAAAGAUUGUUUGCAAGGUCAUAUAAGGAAACACACUGGUGAAAAGCCCUACAAAUGCGAACAAUGUAGUUAUGCCACCAACCAAAAAAGUCAUUUGACAGUUCAUAUAAGGAGACACACUGGUGAAAAGCCCUACAAAUGCGAGCAAUGUAGCUAUGCUUGUAAUAAGCGACGUAAUUUCUUAAACCAUAUCACAAAACAUACUAGUGAACAGAUGGCCAGUGUGAAGAAUAAAAUGUCAAUAGAAACAACGCAUGUAAAAAUGGAGAUUGAAGAGGAGUAUGUGAAAAAGGAACCUACUGAAGGGUCUUCAGAGGACUUCGAAAAGGAGUUCAAUGUGAAAGGAGUCAAUGAUAUUGAUAGGUCAAGAAAGGAAGAUAUAGUGGAGGUACAAGAUAAGGAAAGAUGUCCAAAUGAGGAACUCAGAGUCAAGGAGACCGUAGAAUUAUUAAAGGAGGAUAGUGUAAAGGAAGUGCUCAAUGAUAGGUCAAGUGAGGAGGAUAUGGUCGAGGUAAAAGAUGAGGAAAAAUGUCCAAAUGAGGAGCCCACAACAGUCGAGGAGGCAGUAAAGGAAAUUAAACAGAAUAUUAAAAAGGAGUAUAGUGUAAAGGAAGUUGAGAGUCCAAGGGAUGUAGAGGCAGAAGAUAGGUGUUCAAAUGAGGAGCCUGAAGCAGUAAAGGACAUAAAAGAGGAGGAUGGUGUAAUGGAAGUGUCCAACGAGAAUCCAAGGGAUUUAGAAAAUAAGGAGAAGUUUGCGAAUGAGCGGUGUGUAAAAGAGGAGACAGAGGAGAUUGCAGACUCGUGUGAUUUAUAUGAAGAUGUGCUCCGAGCUUUGAUGGAUCCGGAGAAUGUGGUGAAGGAAGAGAUUGAGCCUGAAUCCGUGCUCCAGGCCAUGAUGGUCUCAGCUGUUCAAGAUUGCUGCAACCGGGCGUGCUCGGUUCGCCUGGAGCGCCUCAUUGUGAACGAGAGGCGGCGCACCUGCCGCGUCGGACGCCGCGUGUACAAGCUCGGACCACGGGACUACACCUCGAGUGUCCGCAACUACCAACUGCGACACACCAGACCAAAACACUAUUCUGCGACCACUUUCAAGCGACCUAAACCCAACAGAAUAUGCAGCAGGAAAGCGGGUAUCAAAGAACAUCAGAAAGUGCAUUCAGACGAAAAGCCGUUCAAGUGUACGUAUUGUGCUUAUGCGUGUAAAGUGAAAAAAUCCCUGAAAAUCCACCUAAUGAUACACACGGGUAACAAACCUUAUGAAUGCGACUUUUGCGGUUACAAGGGUGCUUUACGAACCGAUAUGGACAGACAUCUGCUGGUGCACACUGGGGAGAAACCCUUUCAAUGUAGCUUCUGUGACUUCAGAUGUACACGCAAAACUCAUUUGAAAAGUCACGAGAUGAGACACACUGGCGAGAAGCCUUAUCAAUGUGCCCUGUGUGAAUUUAGGUGUCGGCACAUAUCAGGUCUCAAAACUCAUAUCAUGCAACACACGGGAGAGAAACCCUUCCAAUGCCAAGAGUGCGGGCACAAAACUCGCCAGAAAACGGACAUGCAAAUUCACAUGAGGAUACACCACGGCGAGAAACCGUACGAAUGUGGCAUAUGUGGCUAUAGGGCGAAAAGGGCAGCAGACGUGAACAUUCAUAUGAAGAUACACAAUAAAUAUUAUGAUAUGGAAGAGGAUCCCUUAGACUUGAAAGGUCUAGAGUCUAGACUAACAAAGAAACCGGAAAUAGAAAGAUAUGGCUUCCAGCCCGCCAAUGAUGAACUGAAUUAA